GCCCCUCAUGCUUUCGAUACACGACAAUUCAGAAGACUCGAAGCAUUUGUGCGACUACGAGGACUAUGACGAGAAUGCUUCUGACGCAGCCGACUGGUCCGAUGAGUCUAGUGAUCUUGAGGAAGACGAACGGUCCGAAGAGGAAGGCGUUUCCGUCUCAGAAGAAGCCGAUGGUGCCAACCCAUCCAAGGACAACGAGGACCGUACCCUCGUCGAGGUCCCUCCUUCGCAUGUUACCUUUCUCGACAUUCAGGCACAGUUCGAGAGUCAGUGGCAACGCACGCCCGUGCCUCCCAAAGUCCACAAGAUUUACAGUAUCACAUGCAGCAAACAGCACAUUGCAAAGUUCGAUCGUUACCAGGCUGAGGUGGGGCAGCGUAUUGGAUUAGCAAACAGGAAUAUAGUACGCUACUGGCACGGGACGACUCGCGCAUGUCGCGUUGGAGACAAUUCGUCGCGACUGAACCCUUGUUCGAGCAGGGAUUGUUCGCUCUGCAGUAUUAUGAAAUGGUCGUACAAUCUACCGGUGAGGAAGGCCUACGCACGCUUUGGCUCAGGGAUCUAUACGUCCUCCACCUCAUCGAAGGCCUUUGACUACCACAGGGAACUCGGAGGAUCUAAAUAUGGCGCUUUACUCCUCAAUGAGGUUGUCGCGGGCAAUCCACUGUGCUUGACAGACAGCUGCCCAGAUUUCACACAGCUACCAUCGGGCUACGACUCCGUGCAAGUUAUCCCCGGAAGAUCCUUGGUCUACGAUGAAUAUGUCGUUUACACGGAAGCGGCGAUUAGGCCGGUAUAUCUUGUCCUUUGCAAGUGAUCCUCUGUAGGCAGCGCAAACUACUUCCUGCUCUCGGGCCAUGGUAUCAGAUCUUCCGUAUCACCUAUGUCUUUCGCAAGUAGAGCCAGUAAACUUGUGCAACCAUGCUCGUGGGAGCGAGCCUCCUGCGAAUGUAUAUAUUGAGAACUGAGUAGGUCGUAGCUCUGUCGUACUAAUAUUCCAUGAAAUACAGUGGGGUAUAGACCUAGAUUUGA